CUCCNCGAGCCUGGAAAGAUCGCGAUGUACUCGCCGACGUUUUAUGCUGCUUGUACGUUUGGAGGGAUUUUGAGCUGUGGGUUGACUCAUACGGCUGUUACUCCGCUGGAUCUCGUCAAGUGUAACAUGCAGAUUGAUCCUGCAAAAUACAAGAGCAUCCCAUCGGGAUUUGGAGUCCUGCUAAAGGAGCAGGGAGUUAGAGGUUUCUUCAGGGGAUGGGUGCCAACCUUGCUUGGUUACAGUGCUCAGGGAGCUUGCAAGUUUGGGUUCUAUGAAUUCUUCAAGAAAUACUAUUCAGAUCUUGCUGGACCUGAGUAUGCAACUAAGUACAAGACGCUGAUCUAUCUAGCUGGGUCAGCAUCUGCUGAAGUGAUUGCUGAUGUUGCUCUUUGCCCCAUGGAGGCUGUGAAAGUCCGAGUCCAGACACAGCCAGGGUUCGCUAGAGGAUUGAGCGAUGGGCUUCCGAAGUUUGUCAAAGCUGAAGGAGCAAUGGGAUUAUACAAAGGAAUUGUACCACUAUGGGGUCGUCAGAUUCCUUACACGAUGAUGAAAUUUGCAUCCUUUGAGACCAUUGUUGAGAUGUUAUACAAAUACGCCAUUCCCACACCAAAGGAUCAGUGCAGCAAAACUCUUCAACUGGGUGUGAGCUUUGCAGGUGGUUAUGUUGCUGGAGUAUUCUGUGCUGUCGUCUCUCACCCAGCUGACAACCUUGUAUCUUUCCUCAACAAUGCUAAGGGGGCAACUGUUGGUGAUGCUGUGAAGAAACUUGGAAUGUUGGGCUUGUUUACCCGUGGGCUCCCACUCCGAAUUGUCAUGAUUGGUACUUUGACAGGAGCUCAGUGGGGUAUUUAUGAUGCAUUCAAAGUCUUCGUUGGCCUGCCAACCACUGGUGGAGCUGCUCCUGCUGCGGCCACACUCCAACCUGCAAAAUGAGCAACUACUCAUUUUUCAUUAAGUGGUUUUAUUUAAUAACAAAAGUUUCACUGAUUGUUUUGCUCCUCUGCGGAUGGGGUGUAUAAUAUUUUUUUUUGAAGCAUAGUUUUAUUUCCUAUCAGCCUUCGGAAUUUCAACGGAUGGUUUUGUUCUGAUCUCAUCCUCCAGACACGAGAGAGCUCUAAAUGAUGGUAAAGUUGAAGAUAUAUUUUUUGGUGUUGUCUCACAUUUCUAAAAGAAAUUGAGUAAUAAAUUUUGGAUUAGAGGCAGUAGUUCUGCCUAGUACUCUCUCUGUUGUUGUAUUCUUUCUUUUGCAUCUUCACUUCUGGAACUGCCAUUUUAUUUUCUUGCGUCAAGUGCUCUCUCUCUUGUGAUGAGUUUUUACUGAACUUUGAUAAAUGAACUUCAUUCUCAUCCUUCAGA